AUGGCGCGUCACGUUGCCCAGGCGAAGGGUUUAGAUGUGCCGGAGGAGUAUGAGCGGCUAGUGGCGCCCCAUGUCGCCUCCUUCGACUGGUUUUUGAACGAGGGCCUGCAGAGCGUCGUCGAUUCGCUGGAUCCGAUCGAGAUUGAGCACCCAGCCACAAAGCGCGUCCACCGCUUCUGGUUUGAGAACCCCAUCGUCGGGCGGCCGGUGAACGAGGAGGCGUCAGUGGCGGCAGACAGCAGGCUCAUGCCGCGCGACUGCAGAGAGAUGGGUGUGACCUACAAGGCGCCCUUCAGCAUGGACCUGUGCUUCGAGAGCGACGGCGCCGGCGGCAGGCGGCGCAUCCAGAAGCGGUGCGGGGCAUGA